AUGAAUAAUAAUUUACAAUUUAAUCUUCGAUUGUUGCUGGAUGAAGAAGUUCGAGAAAUACAAUACAACCAAGAGCAGAGAACAUCGUGUGCUACCCUUAAAAUAGAAAGACUCUUAAGUCGUAGCCGAAUUCUGCUGUUCGAUUUCUUGCUCAAGGUGCUUACCAAAGAGGCGUGGGUAAAGAAACUAACAUUGGCUUAUCCCAACCUUAAGUUUCGUACACGAUUCCAUAUUCCUGGAGUAAUUGGAGUAAUCGAUGGCUCACAAAUUGGUAUAUUCCCUCCUUCAACCAAUCAUAAUCAGUACCCUGAAUUUGUAUAUGUAAAUCGGAAAGAUUUAUAUGAAAAAAUAUGGAAAAAUUCCAUCAAUACCCAGUUGAUAGUUGAUCAUACCUACCGUAUACUGAAUGUAAAUGCCAAGUUUCCUGGAUCCACACACGAUUCUCACAUUUGGAAAAUGUCGUUAAUUAGAAACCAUUUAAAGCCUUGGUUACUUACACCAUUCAGUAAUCCAGGAGAUGGAAGCCCAGAAAGUAGGUUUAAUGUUAAAUUCACUUUAGGUAGAUCAGUUGUGGAACGAGCUAUUGGUAUGUUAAAAGGUCGCUGGAGACGCCUUUGCAAACAAAGAAUGUUGCAUUAUAAACCAACAAUUGCAAGUAAAAUUAUAAAUGCCUGCGCAGUUCUCCACAAUAUUUGUAUUGAAAAUUUUGAUGCCGCUUAUGAAGAUGAAGAGUAUGAUGAACCUUAUAACGCCAAUGACUUAAUACAUUUUCCAGCAGGAAAUGCUCUUCACACAGAGAGUAAUAAUAAUCGAUCAGAAAUUAUGGAUUAUAUUAAUCGUGUUCAAUAA